AUGCCCCCUCGCAAGGCGGCUCCUUCAGAAGACGAGGACAGUCAAGGGUCAGAAGCUCCUCCAUUGAAGAAACACAAGGCUUCGGCAGCAGAUUCCGAGGUGCGCGUCCCACGCAAACGAGUAGCCAGCAAUAAACAAACUGUGCUGGAUACAAACACCGUUAACGCCAAUGCAAAGAAGGUUCAAGACCUUGAAAAAAAGCUCGCAAAGGCAAGACAAGUUGCGAAAAAGACCAAAUCCUUUGGACGCCAGAGAUUUUCGAGGCUUUCAUACUUCGGUAUCACCAUUUCUAUUUAUCUGAGUCUUGAGGCGCCUUAUGUUGACAACUUCUGUGACCAGAUUACCCAACUCGCCGCUGUGGCCAUAUCCUCCAAACCAACUACCCAACUGCGCCGCUCCAAUAUUACCCAGGAACGAGCAGCUCUAUCAAUCCCAACCUCACACCUCUCCAAUCGUACAUUUCUCAAGGUACCCCACAAGCCGGUGUCUGCUUCACCCGAGCCUGUCGAUCACGAAAGCCUUGCCCGAAGCUCCCCGUCUCGUCAUACCUCCCCAUCAAGCCCUGGAUAUGCAGGCGAUGCGGUGGCAUUCUCGGAUAGUCAAUCCCAGCGCUCUUCGUUGCCACCACCAUCCACCCAGCGCUCCUUGCCACCUCCCUCCACCCAGGUACGGAGAAAGGAAUCUUUCCCCGCUGCUGAACUCCUUGACGGUGUUAUGAGCAGUAGCCGUGCGAAAGCAUCUGACUAUAACGAUGUCGUGAACGCCAUUCUUGUGCGAACUAUGUUCGACUAUGAAGGUUUAGUUUCAACCCACGAUGCUUUCCCAAGUUCUGAUCUACGUCGCCAAUGGGCUUUGCGCUGCUGGAAGAUGGCAUCCAAGGACGCAGAUGAGUUCUACGACCUAUCAGAUAGAAUGUGCAACCUCAUCAAGAGGCGUGGCUCGCGCAUUCGCGGCCAUGUCCUGGCAGUUGUUCGACCACAAAUCAUCGCAAUCUACGGGUUCAGUCGCAAAGUCACUCCACAAACCAAAGCCCGCAACAAGCAAUCAUGUGAGGCGCUUUUGGAAAACGGGGCGUUUCAUCACAAGGAUACCGGCACUCUCACUGGGUUUAGUCAGAACAAGAUUAUCUCUGAGAUCUUAUACCUCGCAUGGUUUGAAGACAAGACGUCUCAAGGGCCACUCCUCCAGCAUUACUUUAACCCUAUCCCACUUGAAACACUUGCACUUAUCUUCACCGUGAUUGAUUUCUGUUUACGCGAGUGGUCUACGGGGGUUUUUAUCCAAUCAAAAUUCUACGAAAAGGUCGUUCUCGCCACCCAUAAAGUGUAUCGCCUCGAGCUUGAGGCGUGGAAUGCUAUCAACCCUUCUGUCAUUGAAAAUAUCCGCAAGAAGCUAUUCAACCGUGCACUUCGCAGUGCAGGUGUGUUUGACGCCAGCUUGAAGAUACCCUCUUGCCUUCAAGAUGCUAUCAAGGACCGUGUACAGAUGGAGCUCGACGGUCGAACCGCUACUGACCCAAAAAACGCCCUCUUGAUUCUUGAAUUACAUGAUCAUGGCCCUCUCACCUUCGGCGCGAAGAAGCAAACCAACCUUUUGACUCUAUGCCACAACUCUAUCCGAAAGGUCGUAUUCGCGAUACCCCAAGUACCUGAUGGUAUUCGAUUCCAGACAUCCAAAGUCCAUUCCUUGGCAAACAUUCAGCCGAACUCUGAACGUUUUGUCAAUGUGUCCAUGUCGACGACGUUAAAUCAACUUUAG